GAUCCCAAGUGGGCGCAAUGUGGCGCGGCCGAGAGUCCGGUGCUGCGCAUUGCUGGUGCUGAGGGGCAGUUCGGCGAAAAUUGGACUAACGGCAUCUAUGACGUGGAAGUGAUCCAUCCGGAGAUGCCGCCCGUCUACGUUUUGCGAUCGGGGCCUUAUGAGCGGUUCCUCUACCUGGAUGCAGAGAGAUACUGGCGAGUGGGCAGCUGCGAGUACAAAGAUCAGGAGAAGGCGGCGGCGGGCUCCAUGCGCAGCCUGCAUCCGGUUCCCGCCGGGACCUUGCCUCCCGCGGUGGAGGCUUGGACGGUCCGCCUCGGUUACGAGGACUGGUCGGAACAGGGCGUUGCAGUGCAGGUGCUCCCUUCACCGCCCAGCGGUGGCUACCUUGCCGCACAGCCGGGCACGGCCCCUGCAGCGGCAGAGGCGUCGGCGUGA